AUGCGCGCCGCCCACGAGUCCCACCCCUUGCGACGUGCUAGGGUUCCCGAGCCCGCGCGCUCCCCCUCGUGGCCGCUAGCUGGCUCUGCAGCGUGCCCGUCCCCGAGCGCCUGGCUCCUCUCUGCGCUCUCCUGGCCGCCCCAGCCCCGCCAGGCCACACGCUGGAGUCCUGCAGGUUCCAACUCCAGUACUUCCUAUCUUGGGCAGGUCAUGGCCUGGGAGGAGAGGAAGCUUUUGUUACCUGAAAGACCAAUGGUCUGGGAUGAGCAGCUGGCCAGGGCUGCCGAGGCCUGGGCCACCCAGUGCAUCUGGGCACACGGGCCUUCACAGCUGAUGAGAUACGUGGGCCAGAACCUCUCCAUCCAUUCUGGCCGCUGAGUGACCCUCUGCCCUUCCUUCACUCAGUACCACUCUGUGGUGGAUCUCGGGACGUCCUGGUCCGAGGAGAAGCGGCAUUACUUGUUUCUGGACCCAAGGGACCAUAACCCACACUGCCCCUGGCGCUGCGAUGGCCCCGUCUGCUCCCACUAUACCCAGGUACUCCUCCGAGAUUCCCAGCGGAGGAGCCCCACGGGUCGCCAUCGCGACUCUUGUGACCGGAGAGGCGGUUUUGCCGGCGCCUCGGAGCGUUGGUUCUUGGUGCAGAGUUGCUCACCUAACGCUCCUCUGUCUCCCUGGGACCUUUUCUCUUCUGGGGGCAACUGGAUUGGCAAGGCCCCAUACAAAAUGGGAAAGCCAUGCUCCGCCUGUCCCCCCAGUUACCAAGGCAGCUGCAGUAGCUUGCCUGGGCUGAAAUCCAAUAAGCUCCUGAGCUUCUGA